UACCCUCCAGGGUUAAUGAGACAACCCGGUUCACAUUACUCGAAAGGUGUCUUGGAGACCGGGGUACACUGUUUUGAAAGAAGUAUAAUACUUAUUUCUCCCCGCAGAGCUCGUAUAGCAAUAUCGACGGAGGAGAAAGGAAACGCCGGAGUUUGCUUCAAUCGGAACUCCGAUCUUUUCUCCUCCGACACCGCCGAGCGAUCUCCGAAUUCCUCGAGGGAGAGCAACUCGAGCAUGAUCUCAGACCAUCCAUCUUCUAUGGCGAAGGAGACAAAUGUUGCAGCUGAUAAGCCAGUUGAUGGGUCUCUCCUUAACAAAAAGAGUCAGGGAAGGGUUCCAAAGAAAAUACACAAAGCCGAGAGAGAGAAACUUAAACGUGAGCAAUUGAAUGAGCUCUUUCUUGAGCUGGGUCGUGUUGUUGAACCAGCUCGACAGAAUAAUGGUAAGGCGACCAUACUGGUCGAUGCUUCUCGGAUACUGCGAGAUCUUCUUGCUCAAGUAGAAUCACUUAGAAAGGAAAAUGCUGCUUUGCUAACCGAAUCAAGCUAUGUUACUGCAGAGAAAAAUGAACUGAGAGAUGAGAAUGCUGCUCUCCAGGCUGACAUUGCAGAACUUCAAAGUGAGCUGCAAGUGAGAAUGAUGUCUGAUUCUGUGUGGACUAACAGCACAGCCAUGAGCCCUCCAACUUUGCCACAGCCUGCGAGCACCGUGCUGCCACUGCAGCAGCAGCCACCUGACAUCAGACCAGUGCACGGUGCCCCCAUUCGAGAACUCCAACUCUUUCCAGAGUCUACAGCGACACAAACAGAGCCCACACCUUCCUCCAAUGUGACAAGACCUCAUGCUAGGUAUCCAACUCCAUCCAGCUUCUGGCCGGGGCAGCUCCUUUCCAGUCUUCCAAGAACAGCACAGGAAGAGCAGUAUCUCAGCGGUACCAGCAGCAUCAGCACAAUUAGCAGCAGGGAGGAAGGCUCGGAUAAAGCAUGAGCCUUACCGAGAGAAAUGUAACAGGAAAUUGUUGUUGUUCUUCCGAAUCAAUGCUCAAAGAUGCAUCACCCCAGAAAAUGAUGGUGCCAUUGACAGUCCACAAGCUAUCAGGAAAGGAAAAACAAUGUUUAUGAUUUUAGAGUGGCAGUCUGCUGUGGUUAUCAAAUUGAGGCUUCUCUUAGUUUUAGCUUAUAAUUUCAUCCUGUUAAAUAUCCUGUAGUUA